AUAUGGGAGGCAUCUUUAUAAUAUGCGGAUAUCUUGCUGGUUUUCUUAUUUUAUUUGCAACAAAACAAAUUACGAAGAUUACAGGUUAUCUGACACUGUGCCUUUUAUAUGUCUAUCACUUUCGCACAUUUGAGGUGUACGAUAGUGGGGAUGCUCUGGAGAGUAAGUUCAAUGAAAUAUAUAGGACCAUUUUGUUUAUGCCAUGGUAUACAUGGAACCAAAAGAACAAGAGUACUUACCUCUUGGUCUUGAUGGACGUUCAAGAACCUCAUAAAAUAGCGAUGUCUUUUAGCUAUGCUUUGAAUAGAGAAAAUCUGCUGGAGGUACUCCAAGGGCUGUAUGCUUUUACAAAUUUUUUAUAUCAGACUCAUUAAUUGGUAAUCAUUGUUAUAUUACUGGUAG